AACUAUAUAUACUGAUCUCUUCCAAAUUUACGAGUAAGAACUCGUAAAUUUGGGGGCGCCAUCCACGUUUUUUGUUCUUCUAGGAGUAGGGGGCGGCGUAGGUAAGUAGUAAGUACAGUACUAAUUUUGGGAGGGAGUCAUUAAAAUAAAAACCAGACCUCUGUCUUGAAGGGGGCGAUGGCUUUAAACUUUCCAUUUGGGAUUGAUAUAGAGAGACGGAGAGGAGGCAGGAAUCCAAAUUAUGCUGCGGCUGAAAUCAGACUCGGUCUUCCGGCGUUUCCUCGGCGGCCGUCGCCGCUUCAGUUCUCACCAAACAAGAACCCUAGACCCUCUCCCCAACGACGAUGAUCCCCAAAACGAUUUCGUGCUGGUAGAAGGAAAUGCUUGUUCCAGAACUGCAAUUCUUAACAGGCCCAGUGUGCUCAAUGCUCUUGACUCUGCCAUGGGGCACAGGUUACAGAAGCUUUACAUGAACUGGGAAGAAAACCCAGAUAUUGGGUUUGUGAUGAUGAAGGGCAAAGGCAGGGCAUUUAGCGCUGGAGGUGAUAUAGUCUCACUGUAUAAGCUGAUAAAACAAGGUAACCUUGAAGAUUCUAAAGAAUUCUUUAGGUCACUGUACACAUUUAUGUACAUUCUUGGCACAUACUUAAAACCCCAUGUAGCUCUUCUAAAUGGGAUUACCAUGGGUGGUGGGGCCGGUGUUUCCAUCCCCGGAACAUUCCGGGUUGCAACAAAUAAAACUGUUUUUGCCACCCCCGAGACUUUAAUUGGUUUUCAUCCAGAUGCCGGGGCCUCGUUUCACCUGUCACACCUCCCUGGUUGUUUAGGGGAGUACCUGGCCUUAACAGGAGACAAGAUCACUGGAGAGGAAAUGAUGGCAUGUGGGCUUGCUACCCACUACUAUGUUUUUGAGAGACUUCAUUUAAUAGAGGAACAUCUUCAAAAGUUAGAGACUGAUGAUCCUACUGUAGUCGACAGUUCCUUGUCUAAAUAUGCAGAUAUUGCUCACCCACAUCAAACAAGUGUAGUUCACAGGAUGAAAACACUUGAUAAAUGUUUCAGCCAUGACACUGUAGAGGAAAUUUUUGAUGCUUUGGAAAGAGAGGCGGGUAGCACAAAUGACGAUUGGUGUGUUUCAACGUUAAAGAAACUAAAAGAUGCCUCACCAUUGAGUUUGAAAGUUGCUUUGAGAUCUAUACGUGAAGGUAGAUUUCAAACUUUUGACCAGUGCUUAACUCGCGAGUAUCGCAUGAGCUUGCAAGGGAUCUCUGGGCAAAUUUCUCGUGAUUUCUCUGAGGGGAUUCGUGCACGAUUGGUGGAUAAAGACUUCAUGCCGAAGUGGGACCCUCCAAGCUUAAGCCACGUAUCCGAUGACAUGGUAGAGCAGUAUUUUUCUCCACUCUCAGCAUCGGAACCUGAACUGGAUCUACCCACGCAACAACGAGAACCAUUCCAGUGAUCUAUCCCGAAAAUGGUACUCCCCCCUUCCUUGUUAGCUAGGAGAAUAUAGAGGAAGGCAUACUCAGCGGCAUUGGUUUGGAUUGAAUUUUGCCCUGUUGGUGUUCUCGAUUGAUUACAACACUUUCUUGCUUUUACUCGAUAAUAAACGCAAUUCAUCUGUUUUUGUCAGCUCUCAGAAUAUUAAAACAAAAUGAUUGUUUUAUCACACUCCCCUAUCUCAAAAUGAUGUUUUGUUUUUCAUUUUGUCGUUCCCUAAAUAUUGUCUCG